AUACUGGAUACUUCCCAACCAUUCAUGACUGAGGCACAGGUUCUCCAGUGUGGGGAAGAGUUGAAGACUUUCUAUUGCGAACAAAUGUGCAAAAUCAAACCUGACCCGCUUGAUUUCAAUAUCAUCUUUGAAUUCGAGCAAAUUUACACGAACCUAACGCUACUCAGGAACGAAAUGGGAACAAGAACCAAAACGCCACUGGAUUACACUGCUCUUCUUACUACAAAGAUUAACGGAGUACUUCCUAAACGUCUUCUGGUUGAAGGUGAAGGUGGUGUCGGUAAAACAACCUUAUGUUCGAAGAUCGCAUGGGAUUGGGUCAAUGGGUCUCCCGAGUUUCAGCGCUUCACUUGGGUUCUGGUUAUACCCCUGCGCAAUAUUGUCAAGGGUCAAACAAUUGGUGAUAUUAUGAAAAACUAUCUCUCCGACAAUAAUGCUGUAAACCCUAAACAGAUCAGUAAAUACAUAUUGUCUCAACCUACAAAGGUUCUGAUUGUACUUGAUGGACUCGAUGAGUAUAAUGGAGACCUCUCUGCCAAAGAAAGCUCAGAUAUUUCUCAGAUUCUACGAUUGGAGAAAUUCAAGGAAUGCAUAGUUCUGGUGACAACAAGACCGUGGAGGGCGGAUCAGAUCAAGUCCAAGGAAGAAUUCAGUAGGUCGUAUGCUUUCAUUGCAGUAGAAGGAUUUAGUGCUGAAAAUGUCUCUACAUACAUCAGCAAGUACUUCGUGAAGGAUGAAAAGGCAGGUUCAGAACUGAGUCGGUUUAUUGACGUGAAUGAUGUAAUCAGGGAAAACAUGGCACCCUUCCCAAUUUACGUAGCAAUGCUAUGCAUCUUAUGGAAAAAUUGUGACAGUGAAAAACGAGAAACAAUACGCAGACUGAAGACAUUUUCUCAAUUAUUUGAACAAAUGAUCAUGUUUCUAAGAGAUCAUUAUGUGUCAAAGGUUUCUGAAGCCCAUUUGGACAAGGAAAAGGAAAGUAUCAAGUUUUGUUUGCAAAGAAUAGGAUCGAUUGCAUUCUCAGGACUCCUAAAAAAGAAAUUGGUUUUUAAUGAGGAGGACUUCAGCUUGUAUAAGGAAGCCAUGGAGACAUGCUGCAGAAUCGGAGUUCUAAGUCGAGAAAAUCGAAAUGUAUCCAGAUGGAAAAGAACUGUGACUGUUACACAGCCUAUAACCACUAGUGUCUUCUUUCCUCACAAAUUAUUUCAGGAAUAUGUUGCGUCUAUUUAUCUUGCCUUUCUAUAUGACAUGAAUCGCGAAGAGUACAGUAGGUCGAUGGGCGAAGUACUGAGCGAUGACCCACAAGAAUUCCGUUACCUCUUGUAUUUCACCGCUGCCCUGGGAAAGGAGGUGGGACUUGAUAUUGUCAAGAAAAUACAACAAAAUGAUGUAGACAGUGAUAGAAGUCCUCUUCAUCGUUUCAGACCCAUAGCAGAAUACCUCGCGUACGAACAACCAAGAAGAAAUAACUUUAAUUUUCUUGUAGAUGUCACUUUUGAAGCGUAUAACAAAGACACAGCGAAAGCAGUAGGACAACGAAUAUUUGCAGACGAGAGAAUACUGACUAUCGAUAAAGCCAUGGCUGCUCACACAACUUCUGGUUAUUUAUUCAUCAUGGAACAGCAUGGAAUGGAAACUUUGGUAUUCAGAGACAGAUCAUGUGGCCCGACUGUAUCACGUGACCUAGCAGACGUCCUAUUCACAUCAAACUCAUUAUCAAGAUUAGAGUUUUAUCGUACAACAUUGGAUCAUGACUUCUACAAGUUAAUGCAUACACAAGUUUCUACAAUGGCGGGAGAUACAUCCUCAAUCAAAGAGCUGGUUGUAGAUCAUCAAUUCCUAGAUGGUCUACAGAGGAUUAAUGAUGUUGACUUAAAUGUCACCGUUGAAGAGCUAUUCCCGAGCUUGACACAAUUGACCUUUACCACUCUUCAAACUGUCACACCGGGAGUUGUUGAACAAUUGGCACAUUCCAGCCUAGCAGUGUUGUCUAUUGAGCAUGGUAAGAAAGGUCGACGUCUAGUUCCUCUCAUUGGAGAACCUACUUUACUGGGACAACUUUUCUUCAGUUCAUUCCCUCACCUCACCUGUCUGACCUUCCGAGGGCUAGUAAUGGGCAACAUACGCAGUGAAGCAAUACUACAUAAUCUAAAGAACCACCUGCAUUUGAAAUCAAUAAGUAUCAUCAGGUGUUUUACGGAUGACGAAUUGGACCCCCUGGCUGAACAAAUAACUACUGAGAACAGAAUGAAAAUUACACUUCAACAUGACACGGCACAAAGGACGUUAUCUUUUGACAAUACUACUGGACCAUUAACAAUGGAUAUAAUAGAUGCACUUUGCCAUCGUACGUGUGUCGACUACUUGAAAGUGUUUAUGGUAAAGAUUGCAGGUGAAGAAUGUUUUCCAGACCUUCAUGGCCGAGAGGUGGAUUCAAAGAUUCAGAAGUUUAACAUUAGUUCCUUGCGCCUACAUGACGAUCAAUCAUCAUCCUACUGUCUGGGGAAGUUUCUCAGUCUCCUGCCUCAUCUGACAGACCUCGAGAUUAACUCAUGUGACUUUCAUGAUGAUUUCUACAUAGAGAUUGCUGAUCGAGCUUCUUCAUCUCAGAUUCAGAAGUUUAACAUUAGUUCCUUGCGCCUACAUGACGAUCAAUCAUCAUCCUACUGUCUGGGGAAGUUUCUCAGUCUCCUGUCUCAUCUGACAGACCUGACGAUUUUCAAAUGUUCCUUUCAUGAUGAUUUAUACAUAGAGAUUGCUGAUCGAGCUUCUUCAUCUCAGAUUCAGAAGUGUAUCAUUUACGAAUUGUACCCAAAUGGCUAUCAUUCAUCAUCCUACUGUCUGGGGAAGUUUCUCAGUCUCCUGUCUCAUCUGACAGACCUGAAGAUUUUCAAAUGUUUCUUUCAUGAUGAUUUCUACAAGGAGAUUGCUGAUCGAGCUUCUUCAUCUCAGAUUCAGAAGUGUAUCAUUUACGACUUGUGCCUACAUGAAGACCAAUCAUCCUUCUGUCUGGGGAAGUUUCUCAGUCUCCUGCCUCAUCUGACAGACCUCGAGAUUAACUCAUGUGACUUUCAUGAUGAUUUCUACAAAGAGAUUGCUGAUCGAGCUUCUUCAUCUCAGAUUCAGAAGUUUAUCAUUAGUUACUUGUACCUACAUGACGAUCAAUCAUCAUCUGGCUAUCUGGGGAAGUUUCUCAGUCUCCUGUCUCAUUUGACAGACCUGACGAUUAACUCAUGUUCCUUUCAUGAUGAUUUCUACAAAGAAAUUGCUGACCAAGCUUCUUCAUCUCAGAAUCCUUACUUCAGGGAAAAGGAGCAUAUCAGCAUGCUACAGGAGUGGUCAGUAAGAAAACAACAACGACAGCAACUACAACAACAACAAUGGUGGUUAGAACAACGACAACAACAACAACAACAACGGUGCAACAACAACGAUGGUGGUUAG